AAGUGAAUAGUUUAGCUACAGCCAGCAGCAAUAAGGUAAUUCUUAUUAACAAAAAGUAAUUAGGUGGGAGGUGAAUAUUAACGAAGCAAAUUUACAUAAACAAACCCGUGUAGAAUAGGCCUAAAUGCAAUCUCGCAGCGUGUGACCCCACACAAAACUUUAGUAUAAAUGUCAGUGUUAAUCUGAACACACGAUUCGUUUACGAAUAAUUAAUUAUGUCGCGACCAGUCCUUACCACGCACGUGUUGGACACGUCCUCUGGAAAACCGGCGAGGGAUUUAUUCGUCGAAUUGUACAAACAGAAGGACGAUAAAUGGACGCUGUGGCACAACACUAUUACAUCGGCAGACGGCAGGAUACAGUUCCCCUUCUCUAGCGAAGUGGUGGGAGCGGCAACUUACAAAUUAAAAUUCAACGUUGCGGACUACUACAAACAAAAUAAUAAGGAAACGAUUUAUCCCUAUGUCGAGAUUGUAUUCAAGACAACGGAAGGGGAACAUUACCACAUCCCCCUGAUACUCAGCCCCUACAGCUAUUCUACUUAUCGGGGCAGUUAACUUGUAAUUCGUCAUAAUUCACAAAUAAAGGCAUCCAAGCAACAA